CGUAGCAAACAAAUUUAAGAAUAAUUUGGCAAACCAAUCAAGACGUACAUACACCUCUCGUGCUCAUGCCCUCAAACUGGACUAUAAAAACCCUGGAUGCAUUCCAACCACAAAGCAGAGUUUUUCAUAAAUUCAAAAACGAGUAACAUCGACCACAAUCAAGGAAGGCAGCAGUGCCAAAGCACAAAAUGCCAUUGCAAGCAACACCGGCCACCACAGCUCUGAUACAAUUCCUGGUUGGCUCACAUUUUGCCCAUUUAGCUUCAGUACUCAUAGUCUAUGAUGGUGCUGCAGUUGCAUCUAAGAAUUCAUUGCAACAACAAUACCUGGAUGCAGUGCAGCAGGCCUUUGAGAUACAAUCCCAGCAUGGCAAAAUAAUUGGUCUCCAAUGGAUCAAUGUUCGGUUUUUUAAGUAUAACUACGAGGGAGAGCAGCACCAGGACUAUGAUCAAGAAUUUGGCCAACAUAUACUUAAGGCUGUGGAUAUUGUUACUGAGGGCUUUAUAACAAUUCUAGCAAAUACUUCAAGAUUUCUUCAUGCUCGCUACUAUGCCACCCGCUAUGCAACACUACGCCUCAAGGAUAAACUCUAUUUGUUUCUGUGUGAACAUGAAAAUCCUGCAGAACUGCUGGCCUCAGAGCUUUUACAAUUUUAUCCGCAUCACUUAAUGGUUACACCAGCAAACGACAACAGUCGCCAGCAAAGCAACCAGGACAACAAGGACCACAAUCAACGGCAAAGCAAUGCUAAGAACGCUGGCGGUAAUAGCAGUGGGAUAGGCACUAUGAAAACUCAAAAACCAAAAAUCCAACAAACUUGCAAUGAGCAAAACAUGGUGGCUAAGGAAACGCCAUAUAAAAACUUUGCUCAGUCAAGGGAGACGAUUGCCAGGGAGGCAAGCGAUGGCAAUGCAUCUGUGGCAUCAUCAUCACCCACAUCGUCUUCGAUGAACCAAAAACUAGUCACUAGCAUCAGCAAGUACCACAACAUCAAUUUUGAAUUGUGGACACAAAGAUAUGUUGGAGCCGAGGGCAAUUUGAAUGCCAUACACCUCGAUACGUUCUGGGGACUUUGUAGGAUAUUUGCCAAAAAUGUUGAACUUUAUCCCAAUAAACUAAAGAAUCUACAACGACGUGUAAUGAGAGUUGGUACGCUAACAUAUCUGCCAUACGUUAAAACUAAUUACGUGGAACCUGGGGAAGGUGAUGAGGACGGUGUCGAUUCACAUGGUCCCAAUAAAACUGUAAUGUUUGAAGGUGCCGAAGCUGAUUUGGUGAGGACUUUUUGUCAAAUGCGUAAUUGUCAUCUGAGACUGAUACCAUAUCCUCCCGAUAAUUGGGGCUUUAUAUUUGAAAAUGGAACAACAGAGGGUAUGCUGGGCGAUUUGUAUGAACAACACAUGGAAUUGGCCAUAGGUUGUGUUUAUAAUUGGUAUAAUAGCCUUACGGAAGUAUCAAGGUUUAUAGCCAGAUCCGCAGUCACUAUAAUGGGUCCGGGACCAUCACAAUAUCCUCGUUGGCGCAUCAACAUAAUGCCAUUUUCUACUCCACUCUGGAUAUCUCUUUUCUUGGCCAUGAUUGCUUGUGCCCUGGUGUUCCAACUUUUCAAAUAUUCAGCCAAUCGUUUGGGUUAUAAGUAUAGCUCAGGGCUUAUUAAGAAGAAAAAAUAUGGUUGGAAAACUCUGGAAAAGACAAUGUUGGAUGUUUUCGCUGUCUUCAUACAACAAUCAUCGGCAGAUACUUCUCUUAAACGUGUGGCUACCAGGGUGUUCCUGGCCUUUCUACUCUGUGCCACCAUUACUCUGGAGAGUACCUACAGUGGGCAAUUGAAAUCUCUCUUGACCAUGCCAUUGUUCAACUCUCCCAUAGAUACCAUAGACAAAUGGUCACUCACCAAAUGGAAGUGGGGAGCACCCUCCAUCAUUUGGAUAACCACUGUGGAACAGUCGGACUUAAAGCAUGAGCAAUUGCUGACGAAAAGCUUCGAGGUGCGUGAUUAUGAGUUCUUAUACAAUGCCAGCUUUCGUAGUGACUAUGGUUUGGCUUUGGAACGUUUGUACAGUGGGUCCUUGAAUAUUGGAGAUUAUAUAACCAUGGCGUGUUUAAAAACAAGAAUUCUUUUAAGAGAUGAUCUCUAUUUCGAUUGGACGCGAGCUGUUGCCAUUAUGGGUUGGCCCUUAAUGCCUUUACUGGAUCGCCACAUUUCUUUUUGUUUAGAGACAGGUCUAUACAUUUAUUGGGAGAGACAUUAUAAAAUACGUUCCACUAACCUUCAUAUGCAGGAAAUGUUGGCCGAAUUAUCUUCGGGCCAUAUACAAAAACCACCACCACAAAAUUUAUCAAUUGAGCACAUUUCUGGACCACUUUUUAUUUUGUUUUUUGGUCAUAUCUCUGCCUGUAUUGUCUUAUUAUUUGAAUUAUUGGGCAAUCAAGUGAAAGGGAAAUUUGUUCGUUUUGUGAAAAUAAAAUAUUUUAAAGCGUAUUCUGUUCUAUUUUCUUAA